UAGUAACACUUUGAACGCUUGACGAUCUCCACAUGUGGGGAGUGUGUUGCGCUCGACGAUCGCAGCAGCACAGCAAAUCAAGUGACGAACCCGCAAGCAGCAAGAUUUUGUUUUCGUGUGUGUUCUCGCAGUGACAGUUUUGUAUUUUGCCCAAUUCGAAUUUGGUGGUCAGGCUGAGGACCAUGACCAUGAUGUUGCCCAGAGAUCUAGUUGGUCUCUCGGGUGUGCUAGGCGCAGUUUGGCUGAUCGCCAGCAUUGUGUCCUUUGCCGACGCAAAGGACUGCAACACAACGAUAUGCGACUGUAAAGGCAUUAAAGGACGCAUUGGAUCGAUUGGAGGUCACGGUGUUCCCGGACGUGAGGGUUCACCUGGUGAUAUUGGACCAUUCGGACCACCCGGACCCUUAGGUGAGAAGGGAGACUUUGGCGAAUAUGGAGAACAGGGUGAAAAGGGACAUCGGGGCGAUGCUGGUCUGCCAGGAGAGAAAGGAGGGAGAGGCGCACGCGGUUACCCUGGAGAGGAUGGUACACCUGGACCACGGGGAAUCGAUGGCUGUGAUGGCCGACCUGGUGCACAGGGCAAAGCUGGUCCACCCGGUGAAAAUGGCCCGCGUGGUCCGAUGGGUAAGCCGGGCUUGGCUGGGGCACAAGGUGAUGCUGGCGAAGGCGGCAUUAACUCUAAAGGCACCAAAGGUAAUCGCGGAGAGCGUGGGCCAGAUGGUGCCAAUGGACUAAAGGGAUUUGGUGGCAUCUCUGGUCUCAAGGGUGACACAGGAUUUGUUGGCAUCGAGGGAUUGAAGGGUGAACAGGGUCCCCAAGGUUAUAAGGGUGAACAAGGCGUACCCGAAAAAUAUCCCAUACUGCGUGGCAUUGUUGGCGAUAAAGGUGAACCCGGUGAUGGUGAAGGAGUCGGGUUAACAGAUAAUCAAAAGCAACCCGGCCUUCCCGGUGAUCACGGUGAUCUAGGCGCAGUUGGUCCACUUGGACAAGAAGGCGAACCUGGACAAUUUGGACGAGAUGGUUUGCCUGGUGCCCGUGGUGACAUUGGUGAACGUGGCGAGCGUGGCAAACCUGGCCGUGAUGGCGGACCAGGCGGACCUGGUGAGAAAGGAAUGAAGGGAGCUCCUGGCUACGAUGGUGAGGAUGGCCAAGAUGGAGGACGGGGACCGAAAGGCGAACCAGGAUUUAAUGGCACACCAGGUAUUCAGGGACCUGAAGGCCCACCCGGUGCCUAUGAUCCAAAUUUGGAUAGAUCCUUGCCUGGCCCCAUAGGACCUCAAGGUGAUGUCGGUCAUCCUGGUCAGCCUGGAUUGCAUGGCAUUCCCGGCAAACAGGGACGACGUGGUCCCCAAGGACCUCCCGGUCCACCCGGUGAUGAAGGUCUUCGAGGCAAUCGUGGUCCACCCGGACGCAGCGAGAAAGGUGACGAUGGAGAUUAUGGUUUGAUGGGACCACCUGGCCCACAAGGUGCACCUGGUUUGGUAGGCCCAUCAGGUCGCGACGGCUACCCUGGCGAGCCCGGCCUUAAUCUAUACGGACCUAAAGGUUUGCCUGGCCAACAUGGUAUUCCUGGCUCCAUCGGCUAUCGUGGUGAUCGUGGUGAGGUCGGCAUUACUGGUGACAAAGGUUUGCCGGGUGAAGGUUUGAAUAUUGUUGGACCUCCCGGUUCACAAGGUCCUCCUGGUAAACGCGGCAGGCCUGGCAUUGAUGGAGUACCUGGAUACCGAGGUUACCCUGGUGAAAAGGGUAUACGAGGUGACGAUUGCGGUUACUGCAAUGCUGGACCACGUGGCAUUAAAGGAUUACUGGGUGAUGCUGGCUAUCCAGGCGAGCACGGAGCCCGGGGUUUGGCCGGUAUAACAGGAGCUCGUGGUCUUAAAGGUGCCCAAGGUAGGCCAGGACUACGUGGUUUCAAGGGUAUGCAAGGCCCAGCUGGUAUUCCCGGCGAGGAAGGUCGAGUCGGUAGACCAGGUCCAAAAGGAAUAGUUAACGUAGUCGGCAGUUCGAAAUAUGUACCGGGUGAUAAUGGUGACAACGGACGUCGUGGUGAACAGGGCGCUCAAGGUGAUCGUGGUGCAAACGGAUGGAACGGUGUUCCCGGUCUCAAGGGUGAACCCGGUCUUCGUGGUGAUUUUGGUGAUAUUGGGCGACCAGGUUCAGAUGGCAAGCCUGGAUUUGAUGGUCAGGACGGUAAACCAGGUGCACCGCCAAACAUACCCAAGAUCUACCUAACAGGUGAACCCGGCUAUAACGGCCGCAAGGGUGAACAUGGAGAUGUUGGCAGCGAAGGCUUUAAGGGUCAAAAAGGUGAACCACAUCCUGGAGAAAUAAUUGAAAACCGAGGAGAUAGAGGCGAUCUAGGAUAUCAGGGGGAGCCCGGCUAUCGCGGACCAAAAGGUGAAAGGGGCGAAGUGGGCUUGAAGGGCGAAGCUGGUGCCAUGGGUAUUCCUGGUGAAGUCACUCCGGGACCUCCUGGUGCCAAGGGUUACAAGGGCGAAACAGGUGACUAUGGGCUGCAAGGCCUUACUGGCAAUCCUGGUCGAGAUGGUGAACCUGGCCUGCCCGGUGUUGCUGGUCAAAAGGGACAGCGUGGAGAGCCGGGACAAUACGUACUUGCUGGAGAAAUUGGUGUGCCUGGCCGAAACGGAAUUAAAGGACUUGUCGGUGAUGACGGACCCAUUGGAUAUCCUGGAGCUAAGGGUCGACCAGGACCAAAAGGUGCCAAGGGCAGCACUGGUGACGAGGGUCUUUGGGGCCAGAAAGGUUUACCAGGUAACAAAGGACAACGUGGUGACAUUAUUGUGGGCCCACCAGGUCAACAAGGUGAACCCGGUCGCGCUGGCAGUAUUGCUUUGCAUGGAGUUAAGGGUCAGAAGGGUGUAUUCGGUUAUUCGGGACAAGUUGGUAAAACUGGUGCCAAGGGUAGCAUUGGUUAUCCUGGCCGUGUGGGACGAGUUGGCGAUCCUGGACCAUCAGGUGUCCCCGGUGAACAAGGCGUUAUCGGUUUAGCCGGUAUUCCUGGCGAGCAAGGCGAUCGAGGAGAGAUUGGUUACUCUGGACGUACUGGAGAUUUGGGACCCCGUGGUGCUCCCGGUAACUUUGGAUUGAAAGGCAUCACUGGAGAGAUCGGUCCAUUCGGCUACCCUGGUGUGCCUGGUAGAGCUGGUCAAAAGGGCGAACGCGGUGCACCUGGUAUUCCUGGAAGGCCCGGUGCCAAAGGUGUAGGCGCUUAUAGUGGCAUCAAGGGAGACGUGGGCGUUGCCGGCUGGCAAGGUCCGCCCGGUUAUGAUGGUGCACCAGGAUUCAAGGGUGAACGUGGUGAAACUGGUGAGUCACUACCCGCUGUCGAUGGUCUGCCAGGCGUCAAGGGUGAAAUGGGUAUACCUGGUCGCAACGGAUUGCCUGGCUUAGAAGGUCUCAAAGGUGUGCGUGGAGACAUUGGAUUGAAUGGUAAUCCUGGCAUAAACGGUGAACCAGGUGUUGAUGGCCUGCCCGGCUACGAUGGUCGCCAUGGCGCUAUCGGUCUGAAAGGAGAAUCCGGCGAAAUUGGUCCAAUGGGUGCACCCGGUGAGUUUGGUGAUUUGGGCGACGUGGGAUACCCCGGUGCACAUGGCCUGCAGGGUGACAACGGGUUGCCAGGUGAAUUUGGUGUCCAAGGCCCGCAAGGUGAAGUUGGUGAUAUUGGUGACAUCGGUGAUGAUGGUGAAAUAAUUUACGCUGACUUGACUAUGGCUCGUGGAGAGCCCGGAACACCUGGUUUCCAUGGCCCAGAAGGACAACGUGGUGAGCCUGGUGACAUUGGAUACAUCGGAUUGCAAGGAUUGCGUGGCCAACAAGGUGAUAUUGGCUUGGGCGGACAGCCUGGAUAUGAUGGCGCGCCUGGUGUCAAAGGUUUGCAAGGAGAUACUGGUCUACGCGGUUUCCCCGGAUCACGUGGAAUUGCCGAACGUGGCGAAAUUGGUGACACGGGUUAUGAUGGUUUACCCGGUCGCCCAGGUCGUGUGGGACAAAAGGGUGCACCCGGUGAGCAAGGAGAGUAUGGAUAUAACGGUGCUAUUGGACCUCAAGGUCCAGUUCGUGUCGGUCCUCCCGGUGCACCUGGUGACUACGGCUAUCAAGGACCUCCCGGACGCAAUGGCCUGCAUGGCUUGAACGGUGCGAAGGGAGAGCGCGGCGAUUUUGGCUUACAAGGCGAAAGAGGUGAAGCUGGCUUUGCCAUUUGGGGCAGACAAGGUGACAAAGGUGAGCGCGGCGAACAGGGACCAACUGGUUAUAUUGGCGCCAAGGGCGAACAAGGUUAUAGCGGUCGCCCCGGACGCACUGGCUUCAUUGGACUGCGUGGACCACGUGGCGCAACUGGUGAUGCAGGAUGGAGCGGCAUCGAUGGUAUUGAUGGUCAAGACGGUCAAAAGGGUGAGCAGGGUGUCACUUAUUCGUACACGUAUGCACGUCCCGGUGAUCGUGGUGAGCCCGGUUUGGAUGGCUUCAAGGGCGAACAAGGUGAUCGAGGUGCUCCUGGUUUUGAGGGCUUAAUUGGUCUUCGUGGUGAGGUCGGCUACCGCGGUGAUGUUGGUGAAGCGGGCUACCAAGGUCCAGAUGGCGUUCAGGGUGAGCGCGGCGAAAUCGGUUUAACAGGCUUAACCGGUCGUGACGGAUUACGUGGAGCACCAGGUGCACCGGGUGACCCAGCGCCACCACCGCCACCACCCAAGAGCCGUGGCUUUAUUUUCACACGUCACUCACAAUCCGUACGCGUUCCCGAGUGCCCAGCCAAUACGAAUAAACUGUGGGAUGGUUACUCACUGUCCGGAAAUGUGGCCAGCAGCCGAGCUGUUGGUCAGGAUCUUGGUCAAUCAGGAUCGUGUCUGAUGCGAUUCACCACCAUGCCCUACAUGAACUGUGACUAUAACAACGUCUGCAGCUAUGCACAAAAUAAUGAUGACAGCCUCUGGUUAUCGACUGCUGAACCUAUGCCGAUGACAAUGACUCCCAUCCAAUCCAGGGAUGUCAUUAAGUACAUUUCACGCUGUGUCGUUUGCGAGACCUCGACGAAGAUUAUUGCUUUGCAUUCCCAAUCGAUGUCCAUUCCCAAUUGUCCUGGUGGCUGGGAGGAGAUGUGGACAGGCUUUAGUUACUACAUGACCACAUUGGAUAACACGGGCGGCGUUGGUCAAAACCUGGUUUCGCCUGGAUCCUGUUUGGAGGAUUUCCGCGCUAAUCCAGUCAUUGAAUGUCAUGGCCACGGUCGUUGCAAUUACUAUGAUGCUCUGGCUUCCUUCUGGCUGGCUGUUAUUGAGGAGCAGGAGCAGUUUACCCAGCCCCGUCAGCAAACCCUCAAGGCUGAUCAAACUAGUAAGAUCAGCAGAUGCACUGUGUGCCGUCGUCGUGGCGACAGCUUCAUCACGCGCCAGGCUUCUUCGUCGUAUUCCGUCAGCACAGGCUCUGGAUCACGCACUAAUUCCGGAUCCAAUUCCGGUUCUAGGAAUAGCGGAGGAUCUGGCUCGAGUUACGGCGGAAGCUAUGGUGCAGGAUAUGGAGCAAACUAUGACGGAGCAUCUCGACCUAGCUAUGGAGGAGAGUCUGGAUCCACCUAUGGACAGGGAUUUAACAAUGGUCAGGGCUCCAGCUACGGAUCGGACUCCAACAAUGGACAAGGUUCGAACUACGGCCAAGGUUCUAGCAACGGCCAGGGUUCAAGCUAUGGCUCAGGUUCUAGCUAUGGCUCGGGCAGUGUAGACAAUGGCGCUGGCUCUGGAUCAAGAAGACAGCCACAGUCUACCUAUACCAGCUGGUCUAGCUACCCAGGUUUUGAAUAUCGUCAAGCACAGCCGCAGCCAGCAUUGCGUCAGCCACAACAGCAAUCACAGCCUCAGCCGCCUCCAGUUAACUACUACAAUCGUCAAUUGCCAUACCGUAAUUCAUACCAAAGUUCUGGUCGCCAGAAUACCCGUCGGUAUCCGCGCGAUGACACCCACGCUCCUUAGAUGCCACAGUUCAGUUUAAAUACUAAGUAGCAGUUAAAUAAUUACUAAGUCUAAGUUGCUAUCACACUCCGUUAACAACACCAUUAAAUCAAACCACAACGACAACAACACACCAAAAAAACAACACAAAUAAUCUUCUAUCUUCGAUUAUGAUGACGAUAAUCCUUGAGCCAGUGCCAUUUUCGAGAUCUGAUUGAUUUUAAUCUAAUUUUGUAUGUAAAUCGAAGUAAACCAAAAAUAUAUAUGAAUAAUAUAGUGUUUCAAGGAAUAGUUGCAGUCGAUAUCGAAACCAACUAUACCUAUUAAUUCACUGCCUCGAAAUGUCAUAUAGCUACAUUUGGAUUGAUGAUAUAAGGAUUUACAACUUAACCACCAAACGAAACAAAUCCCAGUUUUUGAUAAAUAAAAUGUACACAUCAUUAAAAAAAAGCGAAAAGUUUUCUCGUCGAACAUUUUUUCAAUGACGUGUUUUAAUUUUCCAAAAGGAAAGUUUAAAUAUUGUUUUACAUACCAGGUGUUAUUUCCAGACAGGUUUGAACAUUAAAUUUUAAGAAAUAAUAAUUUUGGAACUUGCUUUAAAUUUGUUUUUGCUAACAAAAAUGUCCAUAGAAAAAGAAAUGAAACACAUUUAGUUGAAAUUGAUUGAAAAAGGAUACGCCCUUGCAUAUACAUAUAUAUAUUUUGUUGCUUCUGCUAUUAACAAUUAUUAAAUGUUACAUAAUUUGAUGUUCGUAUUAAGCUAUAAAACAGGGCAAAUGUACGCUAAUACAAGAUACGUUUGCAUGCAGACUUGCAUCCAAUCCAAUACUAAUAAUUCCCAGGGAUUGAUUCACACCAAACGUGCCACAUUUGGUGGCAUCUAUUAUACAUACACAGUCAUUAAUUAUUUAUACUAUAUAGCUGGGAGCGGGAAUUUUGUUUUCUUUUUGUUCUUGACACAAAGUAAUUAAAUAGCAGCUGUUAAAGUAGUUGUUGCUGUGGUACAUAAAAGGUGAAAACAAAAGUACAUUAAACUAUUUACGUAAGUUCGAGACUGAGAAAAAGAGUACAACAGUUGUGUUAAAUCUAAUCGCCCUACAUGUCCUCUUAAUGUAUUACAGUUUUGUUUCGCUUAUUUCUCCGUCUCUCUCAUUCUAUUAUUUAUUAUAGAUUUGGUGUUUUCUUCAUUCUAUAGUUUUCACCACCACCAGCGCUGCUCGAGAAUGGGUUGUUGUAACUAUUAUUUAACAAAGUCUGGAUUCUCCUGUACCUUUUCAGAGAAUUGCAACUGAUUGUCGAUUAUCUGGAAUAGUACUUCAGGCGCUGGAAAGCGUCCAGUUUGUAUUUUCGACCAAACCGGCACAUCAUUAAGAGUUAUCUCAAAAGCACCUGAUGAAAUCAGUUGACCUUCGAUCAUGUUUCCCAAAAAGAAGAUCAUCAUACAGGCGUAGAUUUUGUUCGAUUGCAGAUGAGCCCACCAGCCGGGGGUGUUAAUACCCAAGCAUGUGAAAGGACUCACUGAGCUGACCACAGAUACAAUGAUAAUGAUUUUGAGUGCGAAUAUUAGCUUUGAGAGAUAAUAAUUCAAGCCUGGGGGAUCGUAGUUGGCGCCAUGAACCUGAAUCUGUGGAUACUUUUCGCCCAGAAUGUUUACAUAGUCCUCGAAUGCCUUGCGAUACCCGCACGAGUAGC